GGAAGGUUUCUGAGCAUGACUCCAUCACUCACAGCCUGGAGCACAGAACUCACACCAAUAAGUGCAGGUGAACAGCCCCAUCCACUAACUUCCGAUAUGAAGGUCAUAAUCCUGAUCUUCCUAACCGUCAUCAUUGCCCUGGUCGGGCUGGCAGGAAAUGCCGUUGUUCUCUGGCUCCUGGGCUUCCACAUGAGGAGGAACGCCUUCUCCAUCUACAUCCUCAACCUGGCUGGAGCUGACUUCCUCUUCCUCUGCUGCCAGAUUAUGGAUUGCCUGUACAAUUUCAUCAUGUCCUUGUGUUCUGUCUCAACCCUCAUGGUGGACUUCUUCUUCAUUAUGUCCGUCUUUGCCUACAUCUCUGGACUGAGCUUUCUCAGUAUCAUCAGCGCAGAAUGUUGUCUGUCCAUCCUGUGGCCCAUCAGGCACCACUGCCGCUGCCCCAGGCACAUGUCAGCUGUCAUGUGUGCCCUGCUCUGGGCCCUGUCCCUGUUGCUGAGCAUCCUGGAAGGGAACUGCUGUGGCCUCCUGAACUGGGAUUUGCAUGACUAUCGGUGUCCAGCAUUGGAUUGCAUCACUGUAGCCUGGCUAAUUUUGUUAUUUGUGCUUCUGUCUGGGUCCAGCCUGGCCCUGCUGACCAGACUGCUGUGUGGCUCCCAGCGCCUACAGCCCACAAGGCUCUGUGUGACCGUCAUGCUCACAGUGCUGGUCUUCCUCCUCUGUGGCCUGCCCUUUGGCAUCUACUGGUUCUUUUUAUUCUGGUUUCUAAAUGAUGGUGAUGUCUUAUUUCAUCUUUACCUGGUUGUGGUUCUUAUGUCUUGUGUCAACAGCUGUGCCAACCCUGUCAUUUACUUCUUCGUGGGCUCCUUUAGGCAGCGAUGGUGGGAACGGCGACAGACCCUGAAGCUGGUUCUCCAGAGGGCUCUGCAGGACACCCCUGAGGUGGACGAGCAUGGAGGGAGCCUUCCUCAGGAGCCCCUGGAGAUGUCGGGGAGCAGUCUGGCAUCCUGA